AUUUUCAGGAAUUUUUUCUUUCCUACACCCCCCAAAUACAUUUUUUUUUUAAAAAAAAAUGCGAACAAGAAUCCCACAUUAUUAGUCCAAUUUGUUCCUUUCCGUUUUUGUUACAAUUCCUAACUGCCAUUCACCUAUAUCCCCCAAUUCCCUCCCUAGUUUAUAUAAUAAUAUAGCUACAUAACAUAACGUAACCCCCUACAAAUUGAAGAGAUCUAUUUAUUAAUAUUUCAAUUUGAUAAUCAGAAUUGACGAUGAUGGAGUUACCAAAUGGAAAUUGUAACGGUUCUUCAUUGAAUGUUUGCAAUGGAAAUGGAAAUUUGAGUAACAAUGACUCAUUGAAUUGGGGCAUGGCUGCGGAUUCAAUGAGAGGUAGUCACCUUGAUGAGGUGAAACGCAUGGUGGAAGAGUACCGGAAAGCGGUUGUGCCGUUAGGUGGAAAAGGUUUAACAAUAUCUCAAGUGGCUGCGGUUGCUACACAGAAUACCGGUGUGGCGGUUGAACUUGCCGAAGAGACACGAUAUGCGGUUAAGGCUUCUAGUGAUUGGGUUGUUGAUAGCAUGAAUAAAGGGACUGAUAGCUAUGGAGUCACCACUGGGUUUGGUGCAACCUCACACAGGAGAACAAAACAGGGUGGUGCCCUCCAAAAUGAACUCAUCCGAUUUCUGAAUGCUGGAAUUUUUGGCAAUGGAACAGAAUCAACUCAAACAUUACCUCACACAGCCACAAGAGCAGCCAUGUUGGUUAGGAUCAACACAUUGCUUCAAGGAUAUUCUGGCAUAAGAUUUGAAAUCAUGGAAGCCAUAGCAAAAUUUCUAAACCAUAACAUAACACCAUGUCUCCCUCUAAGAGGCACAAUCACUGCAUCAGGUGACUUGGUUCCAUUAUCAUAUGUUGCCGGUCUUUUAAUUGGAAGACCAAACUCCAAAUCUAUUGGACCUAAUGGACAAAUUCUUAAUGCUAAAGAAGCUUUUCAACUAGCUGGAAUUGAAACUGGUUUCUUUGAGUUGCAACCUAAAGAAGGUUUAGCACUUGUGAAUGGUACUGCAGUUGGUUCUGGUUUGGCUUCUUUGGCUCUUUUUGAGACAAAUUUACUUGUUGUUCUGUCAGAAAUUUUGUCUGCAAUUUUCGCUGAAGUUAUGCAAGGAAAACCUGAAUUUACUGAUCAUUUGACUCAUAAAUUGAAGCAUCAUCCUGGUCAAAUUGAAGCUGCAGCUAUAAUGGAACAUAUUUUAGAUGGAAGUUAUUAUGUUAAGGCUGCACAAAAAGUACAUGACAUUGAUCCACUUCAGAAGCCUAAACAAGAUAGGUACGCGCUUAGAACAUCGCCACAGUGGCUUGGACCACAGAUUGAAGUGAUCAGAAAUGCAACUAAGAUGAUUGAGAGAGAGAUAAACUCUGUCAAUGACAAUCCGCUUAUCGAUGUUUCGAGGAAUAAGGCGCUUCAUGGAGGGAAUUUCCAAGGUACACCUAUUGGUGUUUCGAUGGAUAACACUCGUUUAGCCAUCGCUUCAAUUGGUAAACUCAUGUUUGCUCAAUUCUCUGAGCUUGUGAAUGAUUUUUACAACAAUGGAUUGCCUUCGAAUCUAACAGGGAGCCGCAAUCCGAGUUUGGAUUAUGGCUUCAAAGGUGCUGAAAUUGCAAUGGCAUCUUAUUGUUCAGAACUUCAGUACCUUGCUAAUCCUGUCACCAAUCAUGUUCAAAGUGCUGAACAACAUAACCAAGAUGUUAACUCUUUAGGAUUGAUUUCGUCAAGAAAAACAGCUGAAGCAGUUGAAAUAUUGAAGCUCAUGUCAUCCACUUUCUUAGUAGCAUUGUGCCAAGCCAUUGAUCUUAGGCACAUUGAGGAAAACUUGAAAAGUGUUGUCAAGAACACUGUAAGUCAAGUGGCUAAGAGAGUUCUAACAGUUGGUGUAAAUGGUGAGUUGCAUCCAUCAAGGUUCUGUGAGAAGGAUUUGCUCAAUGUUGUUGAACGUGAGUAUGUUUUUGCUUACAUUGAUGACCCUUGUAGUGCUACAUACCCUUUAAUGCAGAAGCUGAGACAUGUACUAGUUGAUCAUGCAUUGGAAAAUGGUGAUAGGGAGGGUAAUUCAAGCACCUCAAUUUUCCAAAAGAUUGGAGCUUUUGAGCAAGAGCUCAAGACCCUUUUGCCUAAAGAAGUUGAAAGUGUUAGAGUUGAUGUUGAGAAUGGAAACCCUGCAGUUCCUAAUAGGAUCAUUGAAUGUAGGUCUUAUCCUUUGUACAAGUUUGUCAGAGAAAAUUUAGGGACGAGUUUGCUGACAGGAGAGAAAAUCAGGUCACCUGGCGAAGAAUGUGACAAGGUUUUCGCAGCAUUGUGUGAUGGAAGGUUUAUUGAUCCAAUGUUGGAUUGUCUAAAGGAGUGGAAUGGUGCUCCUCUACCUAUAUGCUAGGAUUGUGAUACCUUAUGUGAUCUCGCUUGUAGCCACUCUGUUUGUAAGGAAGGCUGAGAUGGCAAAUUGAGAGGUAAAAAUAAAUUUAUUUUUUUAUUGUGUUUUUAGAAAUAACUACAUACACUUUUGUAACUUUUUAAAUAUUAUAUUUGUUUCGAAGUUAACAAAAAAUAGAAGUUUGGCUAUUUUA